CUAGCUUCCAUAGCUGUGCAAAUUUUUGUCAUUCUAUUAAGAAGUUUCAAGAGUGUUUCACCUGAAAUAUCCUUCCAAACCGUUUGUAGGGCCUUCUGUAGAGAAACUUCUUUUUUUUAUUAACUCUUUUAUGCGUCAGUUUAGUUUAUUCCGUAAUAAUUCAAUCAAUGGAACUCAAAUUCGAUGGUUAAGGGAACUAUAUCAUAUUGCGAAGAUUUUUGAGUUUCUCCUAUUUUUUCUCAAUUUAGAAACUUGUUUAAAGCAAUGUUAUAAUCAUUUAUUUUGUCAGUUAAUCUCAACUUUUUGCAUUUACUCCCGGUGCGUCCAAAUUUUUCGCCGGUACUGUUUAGAUAUUUCGACAAAACCGUACGUUCUUCCAUGCUGGAUGCCGAUGUUUUUUUGACAAAUCCGAGCACCAUUCGCAAUUUGGUACAUAAGGGACAUACCGUCGUUGCGCCUUUACUAAGAUCGGACGGCAUGUACAGCAAUUUUUGGGCCGGAAUGACGGCGGAGCAUUAUUACUUGCGGACGGAGCUCUACGAGCCGAUUCUAUUUCGCGAGAAAAUUGGAUGUCACGAUGUGCCCAUGAUCCACAGCGCAGUUUUUAUAGAUCUGAGAAGACGUUACUCCGAUCGUCUUACUUAUAAGGCUGAAAAACUGACCGGUUACGACGGACCGGUGGAUGAUAUCAUAACUUUUGCCAUAGGAGCAAAUAAAUCAGAUGUGCCAUUGUUCGUGUGUAAUGACGACGUCUACGGUUUUGUCAUGGUGCCUUUAGAGAAUGAUGAGACUAUCGCAGAAGAUAUGCAACGGUUGACUAAUACUAAGGUGGAAAUGUUGUCAUUUAGCGACUAUUUGCCGUUGUCAGAUGAUUUGAAGGAAUUCGUGAUGUAUCCAGAGAAGGAUACCCUAGGUCUGGAUCACAUCUACAUGAUAAAUCUGUUAAGGAGACCGAAGAGACGUAAAAGGAUGCAGAGGCUUUUCGAGGAACUUGGCAUUCGAGCAGAAAUUAUUGACGCCGUGGACGGUAGAAAUUUGCACAAAGAGGAAAAAUAAAGCUACAUAUAUGAAGUGGAGUACAGCUACGUUAUAACUAUUUAAAGGAAAAGAGGGAAGGAGGAGAGGGAGAGGGGCGAGAGAGAGAGAGAGAGAGAGAGAGAGAGAGAGAGAGAGA